UGCGCCAAAUGUGUGACAUAUACUGUAUUAUAGUAUUGUAUUGAAUGGCAAAUACAGUGAUGUGUUUGUCAUAAGUCGUGUCACACAAGCAUUGAGUUUACGUUUGACUGCAAUACACACCACAAGACAUCAUCAGAUCAUUCAUAACGAGAUCACUCAUCACAUCCCAAAAGACAAUCAUUUGUUUUUCUUUAAUAAAUACAAUUUUUAGUACAAAUUUGUGACCAAAUUUUGGUCAAAUAACACAAGAAAAUGUUUAUGGAAUCGUUAGGUUUCGGCGAUUUGGCCAAAAUGAGCAAAAGACAGUUAUUAUAUCAAGUGCUCAACUUUGGAAUGAUUGUGUCUUCAGCACUGAUGAUAUGGAAAGGUCUUAUGGUUGUCACCGGCAGUGAGUCGCCGAUUGUUGUUGUCCUCAGUGGAAGUAUGGAACCUGCUUUCCAUCGGGGAGACUUACUAUUUCUGACCAAUUAUAGAGAAGAUCCCAUCAGAGUCGGCGAUAUUGUUGUUUUCAAAGUCGAGGGCCGAGACAUUCCUAUUGUUCACAGAGUUCUUAAGCUUCACGAAAAAGAAGACGGUUCGGUAAAGAUAUUGACAAAAGGAGACAACAAUUCAGUUGAUGACAGAGGACUGUACGCUCCGGGACAGCUGUGGCUACAGAAAAAAGAUAUUGUCGGUCGAGCCCGAGGGUUUGUUCCCUAUGUUGGCAUUGUUACCAUUCUUAUGAAUGAUUAUCCAAAGUUUAAGUACGCUGUCUUGGGAUGUCUUGGAUUAUUUGUUUUAGUUCACAGAGAGUGAUAGUCACCAAAAUGGUCAGUCCUUCCAAAGAUUGUCUGCCGAAAAAAAUGAUUGAUUAUAUAAUUGUUUA